AUGGCCGCCACCGCGGUGAGGUGCCUGCUCAUGGCCGCCGCUGUCCUGGCCCCGCUUUUCGCCGGCUCCGAGGGCGCGUAUCUGACGCCCAAGUUCUACGACCGGAGGUGCCCCGGCUUGCCGGGCAUCGUGCGGGCGGCGAUGACGCAGGCCGUCGCGGCCGAGCCGCGGAUGGGCGCCUCCAUCCUCCGUUUGUUCUUCCACGACUGCUUCGUCAAUGGCUGCGACGCGUCGAUCUUGCUCGACGACACCGCCAACUUCACCGGCGAGAAGAAUGCGGGGCCGAACGCCAACUCGGUGCGCGGCUACGACGUCAUCGACACCAUCAAGGCCCAGGUCGAGGCGGCCUGCAAGGCCACCGUCUCCUGCGCCGACAUCGUCGCCCUCGCCGCACGGGACAGCGUCAACCUGCUCGGCGGGCCGACGUGGACGGUGCAGCUGGGCCGCCGCGACGCGCGGAACGCGAGCCAGAGCGCGGCCAACUCCAACCUCCCGAGCCCGGCGUCCAGCCUCGCCGGCCUGAUCACCACGUUCGGCAACAAGGGGCUGACGCCGCGGGACAUGACGGCGCUGUCCGGCGCGCACUCGCUCGGGCAGGCCCGGUGCGCCACCUUCCGCGACCGCAUCUACAACGACACCAACAUCGACCCCAAGUUCGCGGCGCUCCGGAAGCUGACGUGCCCGCAGACCGGCGGCGACGCCGCGCUCGCGCCCAUCGACGUGUCGACGCCGACCUGGUUCGACACCACCUACUACGACAACCUCGUUAACAAGCAGGGGCUUUUCCAUUCGGACCAGGAGCUGUACAACGGCGGCUCGCAGGACAUCAUGGUGAAGGUGUACAUGCGCAACCCGGACACAUUCGCCAUGGACUUCGGCAAGGCGAUGGUGAAGAUGGGCAGCCUCAUGCCGUCGGCGGACACGCCCACGGAGAUCAGGCUGGACUGCAAGAAGAUCAACUAA